AUGGAGUAUGGCAACGUGGACAACCCGGACGAGCGUAUCGGGCAGAACAUCGCGUCCUUUUGUCACUUCUCGAUUCACCUGAUGACCCGCCUCCUGAAAGACUUUCUAAACAUAACCAUGAGCUCCGUGAAGCUCUUCGCGAUGUCACCUACUCUCUUCUACAUCUUGGCGGCCGUGUCGCUGACCUACACCCUUAUUUCUCUGGGCAUAUUUGCGGGACCUCUCAUACGGAUUCAGCGGCGUGUGCUGGCCGUUGAGGCGAAUCUUCGCUACUGCCUGGUGCGUAUUCGGGAGAGCGGUGAGUCUGUGGCAUUCUUCCGUGGCUAUAAAUACGAAUAUGAGUGCUGCGAGAAAGUGCUGGACUAUGCGAUCUGGGCGGAAUAUAAGAAACAUGCUAUCGAAAUCCUCUUCGGCUUAUUUAAGCAUGUGAUCGAACAUGCUGUCGAGCUCGUCCCUUUCUUGGUGGUAGUUCCCAUGUACUUUAAUGGCACCGUGGAGUUCGGGGCCAUUGCCCAGUCACACGCUUACUUCAAGAAGAGAAAAGGCGCCUCCGACACAAAGAGCGAAGCCUCGACUGCAACGGAUUCCGAAGACUUGUCCGACAUCGAGGCGAUCAGUUCGUCCGAUGAGAUGGAGAAACUGCACGUGGAGGACCUGGAUCCGGAUUUGCAGCCAAAGCUCCGGAUCCAGGUAGAGGAUCUUACGCUCUUCCCGCCUUUGGGCAACACCCCGCUGAUGGAGGGCCUCUCCUUUAGCCUCUAUGCGGGGCAGUCCCUUCUCAUUGAGGGCGCCAGUGGCUCAGGGAAGCGCUCGCUGCUCCGAGCUAUCGCGGGCCUGUGGGUAAGUGGGCAAGGCAGAAUUCGGCGAACGAGGCUUGAGAGAUGUUUCUUCGUACCACAGACGCCCUACAUCUGUCUCGGCUCGCUUCAAGACAACCUCCUCUACCCGCGCCGGGAGGGAGUGGAGGAGCCAAGUAGGAAACAGCUGAACAUCGACCAUCUUCCGAAACGCUUCGGCAUGGAUGAGGAGGAAAGGCAGCGGCUAAAUCUGGCAAGGCUUCUACUCCAACCGCACGUGGAUCUAGCCAUCCUUGAUGAGUCCACGUCUGCCUUGGAUGAGGAAAAUGAAAGGACGGCCUACGAACUCGUCAAAAACCACGUGGAUUGCUUCGUCUCUGUGGGACACCGUCCCGGCCUGGUGGCCUGUCACUCGCAUCGACUGCGCUUGGUGAAGUCUGACGGGGGAC